GGAUGAUGAGAUGUAGCGCUGUUGCAGCGAGAGGACUCUUUCACUUUCUCCUCGCCCGCCCCCCCUAGUCCCCUGAUGUGAGUCAUGGAGGAGAUUUAGCAGAGAAGAGCUGCCGUUAAGCAGUGAGAGACGAGAUGGUGAGGUUCCUGUGGAAGUGGGUGGACAAGAUGAGGUGCUUGAGGAAAAGAUCCAUGCUGCCUCUGCUGGGCUUCCUCAUCACCUUCCUGCUGCUCUUCAACCUCUACAUGGACGACAGAUACGUGCUGGAGGCUCAGAAACGACAGCUCGGAGACACUCUGAUGCAUCCAGCGAGCUCUGACAGAUACAGCCACACUUUCAGAGACCUGUCCAACUUCUCUGGGACCAUCAACGUGACGUAUCGUUACCUCGCAGGGUUUCCUUUGCCCAGGAAAAAGUACCUAACCAUCGGGCUGUCGUCGGUGAAGCGAAAGCGAGGGAACUACCUCCUGGAGACCAUCAAGUCCAUCUUUGAUCAGUCCAGCUAUGAGGAGCUGAAAGAAAUCGUGGUGGUAGUCCACCUGGCCGACUUUGACCCGGUAUGGUGCGAGAACCUGGUGCAGGAGAUGAGCAGGAAGUUCGGCCACCACAUCAUCGCGGGUCGCCUCCUGGUGAUCCAGGCUCCAGAAGAGUACUAUCCAUCUCUGGAUGGCCUGAAGAGGAACUACAAUGAUCCCGAGGACAGGGUGCGUUUCCGCUCCAAGCAGAAUGUGGACUACGCCUUCCUGCUCAACUUCUGCACCAACCUGUCAGACUUCUACAUGAUGCUGGAGGACGACGUGCGCUGCUCCCGCAACUUCCUGACGGCCCUGAAGAAGGUGAUCACCUCCAGGGAAGGUUCCUACUGGGUGAUGCUGGAGUUCUCCAAGCUGGGCUACAUCGGGAAGCUGUACCACUCCAGGGACCUGCCUCGUCUGGCUCACUUCCUGCUCAUGUUCUACCAGGAGAUGCCGUGCGACUGGCUCCUCAUCCACUUCAGGGGUCUGCUGGCCCAGAAAGACGUGAUCCGCUUCAAGCCCUCCCUCUUCCAGCACAUGGGCUACUACUCGUCUUACAAAGGGGCUGAGAACAAGCUGAAGGAUGACGACUUCGAGGAGGACUCAGUCGACAUUCCCGACAACCCUCCGGCCAGCCUUUACACCAACAUCAACGUCUUUGAGAACUACGACGCCACCAAGGCUUACAGCACCGUGGACGAAUACUUCUGGGGGAAGCCUCCUUCUACCGGAGACUUCUUUGUCAUUGUCUUCAACCAGUCCACCAAAAUCAGCAAAAUAAACAUCGUCACAGGCACAGAAGAUCGCCAGAACGACAUCCUUCACCACGGAGCUCUGGAAGUGGGUCAUAAGAGCGUGGAAGGCAAGCAGGGGAGACAGUGCUCGUCCUACAUCACGCUGGGGGAGUUUAAGGGUGGGAAGAUCGAGGCCAUGAACGUGCACCGCAAAAUCGGCUUUGACAUUGAGUGCGUGCGAAUAGUAGUGACGGCCGGUCAGAAGGAAUGGAUCAUCAUAAGGACUAUCAGUCUAUGGACCGCUCAGCCGCUCGGCCCAUUAAUCCUGUGACCAUCUCUUCUGUCUUCAUUGUUUCAUGCAUUCAGGCAUUCCUUUGGGACAACUGCAGGGGUUUAUGGAACAAAAUCAUUUAUAUUUUCUUGGCUUCACAGAUGUACGUAUUUUGCUUUUCAAUCAUUUUCCAUAUCUGUCAAAUAUUAUGCAGAAUCCGACCUUUAUAAUUUUCCUAAUAUAAAAAAAUGUUAAUUUGUCUGGUGUCAUGUUUUCAAUUGUGACAACACCUAAAAUGUAUCACUCACAUUCAAAGUUUCAUAUGAAAGAUAAUAAUAAUUGUAUUCAAUUGUAUUCACAUUAUAUGAAACAGCAAAACAUUUGACUACAACAAUUGAGAAAAGCAACAAAAAUAUCUGUCAAAUUAUUUCUAGAGCAUGAAACGUUAAUUAAAUCUCAAAGUAAAUUAAGGUUGCCUUUUUUAGGCGCGCUAAAAUGUGUUCUUAAAAGACACUAUUGGCAACGUCUAGAAAUAGUAC